CAACAACACACUCCGAUCCAGCACGUGUCCAAGCAAAGAUCAAGGCACCAAGCCACAUAUAGCUAGCUCCGAUCAGCGCGCGCGCGGCGGCGAUGGCUUCGUCCCUGACGACCGUGCCGACGGCGACCGCGGCGGCCGGCGGCCGCAGGGAUCAGCGCGAGGGCGCGGAGGUGAUCACGGGCGCGGAGGCCUGCUUCGCGCACUCCAAGGAGAUGCUCCGGGCGCUGGGUUUCCCGGGCGGGGUGAUGCCGCUGCGGGGGCUGGAGGAGUGCGGCUGGGUGCGGGAGACGGGGUUCGUGUGGAUGCGGCAGAAGGCGCCCUACGAGCACUACUUCCGGGGCACGGGCACCCGGGUGCGCUACGACGCCGAGGUCACCGCGUACGUGGAGGACGGCCGGAUGAAGCGCAUGACCGGGGUGCGCAGCAAGCAGGUCAUGCUCUGGGUGCCCAUCGUCGAGAUGAGCCUCGACGGCGAGAAGCGCGACAGGAUCUACUUCAAGUCCAACGUCGGGAUCGGCCGCUCGUUCCCCGCCGCUGCCUUCGCCGACGAGGAGGAGGAGGAGAAGAAGGAGGGCAAGCCCGCCGAUGGCGAGGAGAAGAAGGAGGACGCCGCCACCAGCAAGUGAGCGCGCGGCCGGCCCGGCACCGUGGCGUGCGUGAUCACGCGUGGAGAUGAUGGUUAAUUCAUGUAUCUUUCUUUGCGAGUUCGUUUGCUUCAUUCUCUAUUGCCUGUGUUUAAUUACCUCGGUCCAUACGUGAGGAAUAAUAAUUGAGAAAGUCGAUCUGAUGUUUACGCACCAAAAA